CCCACUAGGAUUAUAUAAACCAAUUAGGAGACAUAUGCAAAUGAUGUCAAUAAGUGACAGCCGUGUUGCCACGCCCACUCAGGAAGGUUUGCUAGUACGUGACGUCAUAGCGACGCUUAUAUUCCGUGACCUGCGCGCCGGAAGAGAUUUUUUUUUUCCCACAGAAAAAUGGCGGAGUUUCCGGUUGGCUGGUUUACACGGUGUCCGGUGUGAGGCUUUGCCCCCGAGCAGGGGCGGGAGAGACAAUGAAUUACAUGCCGGGAACAGCCAGCCUCAUAGAGGAUAUAGACAAGAAACACCUGGUCCUGCUCAGAGAUGGGAGAACACUUAUUGGGUACUUGAGAAGCAUUGACCAGUUUGCCAAUCUUGUUCUGCACCAGACUGUGGAAAGAAUACAUGUUGGGAAGAAAUAUGGAGAUAUUCCCAGGGGAAUAUUUGUAGUACGAGGAGAAAACGUGGUCCUUCUUGGAGAAAUAGAUCUGGAGAAGGAGAGCGACACACAAUUACUUCAGGUCUCCAUUGAGGAGAUCUUAGAGGAACAACGUGUAGAACAGCAGAGCAAACAGGAGGCGGAGAAGGUCAAGGUGCAGGCCCUGAAGGAGCGAGGCCUGUCUAUACCCAGAGCGGACACCCUGGAUGAGUACUGAACUCCUGAGAGGACCAUGACACUUACCACAGAGAUCCCAGGGGGAUUACUUUGCGUUUUGCCUUUAUUUUGUUCGGACUGGUCUGCUGCAGCCACAUUGUAUUAGUUAUGGUUUACACUGAUGAAAUGAUUUCGGCUGCAUGUAUCGUUGAUGCCAAGAUAAGAGCACUUAUGUUCCAUGAUGAUAGGGGGGGAGGAUCCCCAUUAAAGAUUUCAUUUAUGAUCCGUU